UGCACAUCUUCAGCAGCUUUCAGGGUAGAAAGAGAGAGAGUUUCAACAAGUUUCAGGUGGAUAUCAGGGGUGCUGACGGAGUUGGCGGCCGGAAUGGCGAGUACGAGUGGGACCAAAGAUGAGUUGGGUCCACCGAGGUCGUUGUCAAGGAGGACGACGAGGAUUUCCGCUAUGGAUGAACCUGAUGAUGCCGAUGUUAUUGUUGACAGUGAGCUUGUCCCUUCUUCCCUUGCUUCGAUUGCUCCUAUCCUUCGGGUUGCCAAUGAGAUCGAGAAGGAUAAUGACAGAGUUGCUUACUUGUGCCGAUUUCAUGCAUAUGAGAAGGCCUAUAGGAUGGAUCCUAAAUCAAGUGGACGUGGUGUUCGCCAAUUCAUGACCUACUUGCUACAUAGACUUGAGAAGGAAGAAGAAACGACAAAGCCUCGACUAGCAAAAUAUGAUCUUAGGGAGAUCCAAAAGUUCUACCUGAACUUCUAUGAGAAAAACAUCAGAGAAGGACAAUACACAAAGAAACCUGCGGAGAUGGCCAAGAUUUAUCAGACUGCAGUGGUUUUAUAUGAUGUACUAAGGACUGUGGUACCUUCUUCAAAAGUCGAGCCAGAGAUUCGACAAUAUGCAGGCAAUGUAGAGGAAAACAUAAACCUAUAUGAACACUAUAACAUCCUUCCUAUGUAUGCUAUCGGAAAUAAACCAGAAAUUAUGAGGAUUCCUGAGAUCCAAGCAGCUGUUCGAGCAAUUCGCAUUGUAGAUAACCUUCCAUCUAUUAGAAGGGUGGGUGACAGAGAAAAACCUAUUGCUGAUAUUCUCGAGUGGUUAUCAUCAAUUUUUGGUUUUCAGAAAGGAAACGUUGCAAAUCAAAGGGAACACUUGGUAUUGUUACUUGCAAAUAUUGAUACAAGGUCAAAGGGUGUUGAAGAUUAUGAUCAGUUGGAUAGCCAAACGGUAAAGCAUUUAUUGGAUAAAACUUUAAAGAACUAUGUCUCGUGGUGCCAUUAUUUGCACUGUACAUCAAUCAUUGAUUCACUUAAGUGUCCACCUAGUGGUGAUAGGCAACAAUUAUAUCUUCUCUACAUUGGACUCUAUCUACUCGUCUGGGGUGAAGCUUCAAACGUGCGGUUCAUGCCUGAAUGUCUUUGUUAUAUUUUUCAUAAUAUGGCAAAUGAAAUGCAUGGAAUUUUAUUUGGCAAUGUUCAACCUAUAAAUGGAGGGACAUAUCAAGUAGUAGCAGUUGAUGAGGAAGCAUUUCUGCGUGAGGUCAUCUCACCUAUUUAUGAUGUUCUUCGUAAGGAAGCCAUGAGAAAUAAAGGUGGCAAUGCAAGCCAUGCUUCAUGGAGAAACUAUGAUGAUCUAAAUGAAUAUUUUUGGUCUAACAAAUGCUUUAAGUUAGGCUGGCCAAUGAAUCGCAAAUCUGACUUUUUUAUUCACUCCGAUGAGUCAUCGCGCCAUCAUGUAGGGCCCAAUCAAGUAGUAUCCGGAAAGAAGAAGAGUAAAACAAAUUUUGUCGAAGUGCGUUCAUUUUUGCACCUUUACAGGAGUUUUGAUCGGAUGUGGAUUUUCCUCAUAUUGGUCUUGCAGGCUAUGAUAAUUGUUGCAUGGCAUGGAGAUGGAUCAAUCUUCGGAAUUUUAGAUGAAGCUCUCCUUAAAAACAUCUCCAGCAUAUUCAUCACUUAUGCCAUACUUAACUUUAUCCAAGUUAGUCUAGACAUAAUCCUUAGUUUCAACGCAUGGAGGAGCUUAAAACCUACACAAAUUCAUCGCUAUAUUUUCAAAUUUGUUGUAGCUGCUUUUUGGAUGGUAAUCUUGUCUGUUGGUUACUUAAGAUCAGUUCCAAAUCCAACAGGAUUUGUGAAGUUUCUCAGUACUUUGGGAGGAAAUUGGAGAGGGCAAUUGCUUUAUAACUAUCUUGUAGCAAUUUACUUGAUCCCCAACAUACUGGCUGCCUUUCUAUAUCUGCUUCCACCUAUAAGGAGACACAUGGAAAGUUCCAAUUGGCGUAUAGUCACUCUUAUAAUGUGGUGGGCACAGCCAAAACUCUAUGUUGGAAGAGGCAUGCAUGAGGGCAUCUUUUCUCUUUUCAAGUAUACUCUAUUUUGGAUAGUGCUGCUAAUAAGCAAGUUCGCAUUCAGCUACUAUGUGGAGAUACUGCCACUGGUCAAGCCCACAAAGUUAAUCAUGAAAAUGCAUGUUAGCAGCCACGAGUGGCAUGAGUUCUUUCCCAACAUGACCCACAAUAUUGGCGUCGUUAUUUGUAUCUGGGGUCCAACUAUCAUGGUCUAUUUCAUGGACACACAAAUUUGGUACACGAUAUAUGCUACUAUUAUUGGUGGAAUCUACGGAGUCUUCAGGCAUUUGGGUGAGAUAAGGACACUUGGCAUGCUAAGGUCACGAUUUGAAUCGGUUCCUUUAGCUUUUGUUGAACGCCUUGUGCCUAUGCAAAAAGAUCCUAAAAGAGAUCAUGUGGAAGAUGAUCUAUCUGUGAGAAAGAACAUAGCAAAAUUUUCACAGGUGUGGAACGAAUUCAUACUUUCAAUGCGGAUGGAAGACUUGAUCAGCAACAGUGAGAGAGAUCUGCUUCUUGUACCUUAUACUACAAGUGAUGUUCCAGUUGUCCAGUGGCCACUAUUCAUGCUGGCUAGUAAGAUUCCCAUUGCAUUAGACAUGGCUAAAGAUUUUAAAGGAAAGGAAGAUGCAGACCUGUUCAGGAAGAUCAGCAGCGAUGAUUAUAUGCAGUCAGCAGUGAUAGAAUGCUACCAAACACUUAAGGAAAUAUUAUUUAACCUUUUUGAUGAUGAACGCGAUAAAAAAAUCUUACAGAAUAUAUGCCAUGAAAUAGAAACUAGCAUUCACCAGGGAACGUUUUUGAAUAAAUUUUAUAUGAGCGAAUUGCCUUUACUCAAUGAUAAGUUGGAGAGGUUAUUGGAUCGUCUGCUAGAAGACAAUGUUGGUGAAGCGAAACACACAGCCCAAAUAGUCAAUGUGUGUCAGGAUAUCAUGGAGAUUAUCACAAAAGAUGUUAUGAAAUAUGAGCACGAGAUACUUGAAAAACCUCGCGCUCAUCAUCGUGAUAAUGACAGAAAGGAAAGAUUUGAGCAAAUCAAUGUCGGAUUAACUCAAAUGAAAUCAUGGAAGGAAAAGGUGAUGAGGCUUCGUUUGCUUUUGACUGUCAAGGAAUCCGCAUUUGAUGUGCCUACAAAUUUGGAAGCUCGUAGGCGUAUCACCUUCUUUGUAAACUCCUUAUAUAUUAGAAUGCCUAAUGCUCCAAUUGUUCGUAACAUGCUCUCCUUUAGUGUUUUGACUCCAUACUACAAAGAAGAUGUCCUCUAUUCAAAAGAAGAGCUUCACAAAGAAAAUGAAGAUGGAAUUUCUGUUUUGUUUUACCUCCAGAAGAUAUAUCCAGAUGAAUGGAAUAAUUUUGAAGAGCGGAUUAAUGGUAUAUAUAGAGGGGAUAAAACAGAAGCCAUACGUCAAUGGGCUUCUUAUAGGGGGCAGACUCUUUCCAGAACAGUGAGAGGGAUGAUGUACUACAAGGAAGCUCUCGAACUUCAAUGCUUCCUAGACUAUGCAAAAGACGUUGAGAUUUUUACUGGAUUCCGAACAUUUAACAUGAAUAAACAUCACAUGGAUUUCAAAGAACGUGCAACUGCAAUGGCUGAUUUGAAGUUCACCUAUGUCAUCUCUUGCCAGAUUUAUGGUGCUCAAAAGAAAUCAAGUGAUGAGAGAGAUCAAAGUUGUUAUACUAACAUCUUGAAGCUCAUGCUAACAUAUCCUUCUUUACGAGUUGCUUAUAUAGAUGAAAGAGAGGCUACCAUCAAUGGUAGAUCUCAGAAUGUUUACUACUCUGUUCUAGUCAAAGGCGAGGGUACUUUAGACCAGGAAAUAUAUCGUAUCAAGCUUCCAGGUCAUCCUUCACAAAUCGGUGAAGGAAGACCUGAAAACCAAAACCAUGCGAUUAUUUUUACUCGUGGAGAAGCGCUGCAGACAAUUGACAUGAAUCAGGACAAUUACUUUGAGGAAGCAUUCAAAAUGAGAAAUGUAUUGGAGGAAUUUAAAUUUCAUAAGGAUCGACAUGGCCAACAUAGACCAACAAUAUUGGGGUUGAGAGAACAUAUCUUCACCGGAAGUGUAUCAUCACUAGCUUGGUUCAAUUCCAACCAGCAGACAAGUUUUGUGACAAUUGGCCAAAGGAUUUUAGCAGACCCUCUGAGGGUGCGAUUCCAUUACGGUCACCCAGAUAUAUUUGACAGGAUCUUUCACAUCACAAGGGGUGGCAUAAGUAAAGCUUCAAGAACCAUCAACUUGAGCGACGAUAUAUUUUCAGGUUAUAAUUCCACUCUGCGUGGAGGUUAUGCCACACAUCACGAAUAUAUCCAAGUAGGAAAAGGUCGUGAUGUUGGUAUGAAUCAGAUAUCCCUUUUCGAAGCUAAAGUUGCAAAUGGAAAUGGCGAACAGACACUUAGCCGUGAUGUUUACCGACUUGGUCGCCGUUUUGAUUUUUUGAGAAUGUUAUCAUUCUACUACACCACAGUUGGUUUCUACUUUAGCAGCAUGGUUACUGUGCUUAUUGUUUAUGCAUUUUUAUACGGACAUAUAUAUAUGGUUUUGAGUGGGUUGGAAGGGCAAAUAUUAGAAGAUGAAAGUCUUAGUGGCAACAAAGUCCUAGAAGAAGCUUUAGUCAUCCAAUCUGUUUUUCAGCUCGGUUUACUUCUCAUGCUUCCUAUAGUUAUGGAAAUAAGUCUAGAAAGAGGAUUUCGCACCGCAUUACGCGACUUUAUCAUAAUGCAACUCCAAUUAGCCUCUGUGUUUUUCACUUUCCAGCUUGGAACAAAAGCACAUUACUAUGGAAGAACAAUUCUACAUGGAGGUUCAAAAUAUCGCGCCACGGGCCGUGGUUUGGUCGUCUUCCAUGCAAAAUUUGCAGAUAAUUACAGGUUGUAUUCGCGUAGUCACUUUGUGAAAGGGCUGGAGUUGGCUAUUCUGCUUAUUAUCUAUCAGGCAUAUGGGAACUCAUACCGAAGUUCAAAUCUAUACUUAUUCAUUACGUUCUCGAUAUGGUUCCUGGUUGCUUCAUGGUUGUUAGCUCCUUUUGUGUUCAAUCCUUUGGGAAUUGACUGGCAGAAAACAGUGGAGGAUUGGACGGAUUGGAAAAGGUGGAUAGGGAAUCGUGGUGGGAUUGGAAUUUCACAAGAUAAAAGUUGGGAAUCAUGGUGGGAUGCAGAACAGCAGCAUCUUAAGUACACAAACAUAAGGGGAAGAAUUCUUGAAAUUAUACUUGCGUGUCGGUUCUUCAUUUAUCAGUAUGGACUUGUGUAUCGUCUUAAUAUUGCAGGUGGCAGCACAAGUAUACUGGUUUAUGCGUUUUCAUGGUUGGUCUUGAUAUCUGCUCUUCUGGAAUUUAAGUUGGUGUCAAUGGCCAAACGGUUUGGCACAAAUUUACAGCUCAUGUUCAGGAUCUUAAAGGCCUUUCUCUUCCUUGUCUUCCUUUCUCUCAUGACGGUCUUAUUUAUUGUAUGUGGCCUGACCAUCAGUGACAUAUUUGUUGCCUUCCUUGCCUUUGUGCCAACUGGUUGGGCAAUCAUCUUGAUUGGUCAAGCAUGCAGGCCUUGUGUAAAAUGCAUAGGAUUUUGGGACUCGAUAAUGGAGUUAGGGCGUGCAUACGAAUGCUUGAUGGGAUUGGUGAUAUUUAUGCCAAUUGUCAUACUGUCAUGGUUCCCUUUUGUAUCAGAGUUCCAAACAAAGCUGCUUUUCAAUCAAGCAUUGAGAAGAGGUCUUCAGAUUUCAAUGAUUCUUGCUGGUAAGAAGGACAAGGACAAGACUCAGCCAACUUGAUACGUAAAAUCAGUCGACACCUUGUUAACAAGUCAAAGGAAGUUUUGAAUAUAGAACAUUUCAAUCCAAGAUUUCAAUUCUGCAUAUGUUUUUAUCUGUAUGUAUUCUUCAGAUUCAAAAAAAAUUAAUGUUAAUUGCAAUUACAGUUUAUACUAGUUAUUUUUAAGAGAUCCAAUCUUGAUGAACAUUGUCUGAGAUUACAGUCAUACUUGUUGAAAAAAAAUAUAUUAAUUGAUGACAUUAAAGUUAGCUUCAUCGGUUUAUACAGAUUUGUUCUAAACAA